AUGGAAAUCAAGGAUGAACUUAAAUCAAAGAAGAUAGAUAAACAAGGGGAAAUUAUCAAAGAAUUUAUUAAACUAAUAACUGAAUCUGAUAAAUCGAUAAAUCAAAAUAAAAAAUCAAUUGAUGAAUUUAUUAAAAAGAUGGAGAUAAAUAAAAAUAAAAAUUUAGUUGAAGAUAUUAAAGAUGCUCAUAAAAUAGUGCUAUCAUAUUUUGAAGACGGAAAUACAGCUGAAAUCGAUGAUGAGUUGGCAAAAGAUUUUCUUGAACGAUUAACUAAAUAG